AUGCAGUUACUGGCCACACUCGCCGGUUUCGCUGCCCUUGCAACGGUUGGCAACUGCCAAUUAACUAAGGUCAAUGACUUCAAGGGCACCCCUACGAACCUGGGCAUGUACUCGUAUGUGCCAAAGAAUCUCAAAACACCAGCGCCUAUUCUCGUGGCUGUCCAUCACUGCCAAGGAUCCGCUCAGGGUUACUCGACGGAGACCCGCUACAUGCCCUUGGCGGAUCAACAUGGCUUCAUCAUAAUCUACCCCAACUCCAAGUCUGGCGGUGGCUGCUUUGAUGUAGCCUCGACGGCUUCUCUCACACAUGAUGGCGGCGGUGACAGCCAGACAAUUGUCAACAUGGUCAAGCAUGCAGUGGAAAACUUUGGCGGAGACCCAGAGAGAGUUUUCACUGUUGGCACUAGUUCCGGUGCCAUGAUGACCAACGUGCUUGUUGGGGCUUACCCUGACGUAUUCAAGGCUGGUUCCGUUUAUUCUGGCGUUCCCGAUGGAUGCUUUUUUGUCCAGGGAGCGACUGCCACGCAAGACCCCCCAGGCUGGGCCAACAGCUGCGCCAAUGGUCAGCUCACAAAGACUGCAGAGGAAUGGGGUGAUAUGGUGAGGUCGUACUAUCCGAAUUACAACGGCACUCGACCCAGGAUGCAAAUUUGGCAUGGAACGGCGGAUAAUACCUUGCGUUAUCCCAAUUACCAGGAGCAGCUUAAGCAAUGGUCGAACGUCUUCGAGCUCACGGAAAAGACGGACACUGCCAACUCUCCGCAGAGUGGAUACACCAUGACAAUCUACGGCGAGGGCACGGCAACAACGGCACAACUUGUGGGAUAUAGUGCCCAGGGCGUCGGCCAUAGCGUGCCACAGCAUGAGACAAUGGACAUUGCAUUCUUUGGAAUAGGGUCGUAG